AAGAAGAAAAGUGUUUGGAUUUUGAAAAGUGAACAGGGAAAAUAGACAGUGAAAAUUUUCAACGAAAAUUAUAGCUGAAUCUCUACGAUGUAUACAUUAAAGUUUGAUCAUAUGGUUUGCGUUUGUCUUCUUGUCCUCGCCUUGACCGUGUCGAGUGCGUAUCCAUGGGGUCCCGAUUAUUAUUACGAUGACACACCAUACUAUUUUGAUGCAGACGAGCAGUCCGAUCUGAAUCACUUUAAACUUCCGACAUUUCAACCAUCAUCACAAUGUAACUGUAUUAAAUUGAAAGAAUGUACAACGAUUACGAUGCGAUUGCAUGCGGCACCAAAACCACUGUCUUCGAACCUUAUGAAGGACAUACGAAAGAAAGCUUGCGGUUUUGCUGGCAUUGAUCCGCUGGUGUGUUGUCCAUCGGCAGAAGUUUUACCACGAAGUUUUCGUGAAGUAACAACUGAAAAGCCUUGGAUUUGGGAUGUUAGCCAAACGAAAGCAAUGAAAACAAAACCAACAAAUCUCUACAAUCGUUUUAAUUCCGAUAUCAACAAUUCGGGUCAUCAAAAUAUUCCAUCACGGCCAAAUGAUUUAAACACACGCCGAAAGCCUGAUAAGAAUUUCUAUACGCGUAAAACGAAAAAAUAUCACUUUUUCGACUUUGAGGAUCCGCGCACAUUUCGCAAUUGUCCACCAAGUUUCUCUCCCGAUUUUCACAUCCCGCCAAACUUUCAACACGUAAAGCCAAUCAAGAAUUUCCAUCACAUAUCCAGUGAGCCUAGUGACUUUGAUUUGAACAGUGUUGACAAUGAUUCCGGCUUUAUAUUCCCUGAUUCACCAAUUCCGAGCGGUCAAGUGCCAACGUUUCCAUCGCGAGUCGCGAAAUAUCCAUUGGAAAAAUUGAACAUGAUCAAUGCGGAAAAUUGUGGCAUUUCAAUAAAUUCCCGUAUUAUUGGCGGUGAUGACGCCGUGCCUGGCCAGUUUCCAUGGAUGGCUCGACUCGCUUACCGCAAUCGAACAUCACAACUGGUUUCAUAUCGAUGUUCAGGUUCCGUAAUAAGCAACAAAUAUGUUUUAACGGCUGCUCAUUGUGUGACUAACCUAGUGGACGAUCUCGAAUUGGUGUUUGUGAGGCUGGGUGAAUUGGAUUCGAGAAAUAAUUUAUGUGAUAAUAACCGCGAUUUAUGCACCGAACCACAAGACUAUGAAAUCGAAUCAAUUGUGCAUCACACAAACUAUGAUAUGCCUAAAUACGCAAACGACAUAGCGUUGAUUCGCUUACGUCAAACAACAAAUUCAACUUUUGUCAGUCCAUUGUGUUUGCCAUUGGGAAGUUAUGAAUCAACGGACAAAAAUUUAAAUCAGAAAACGGGCAUCGUUGCAGGAUGGGGAAUUUCGACAUUAGGCGGUGCCACAUCCAGUCCAAUGCUGCAGUAUUUGCAAUUGCCAAUUGUUGACACACGAUCAUGCGCAGAUUCGUACGCUCGAUUUAGCGCCAAUUCGCGUACACCGAUCAUAAUUAACGAAAGCCAAUUAUGUGCUCAAGGAACGGCCAAUCGUGACGCAUGCCAAGGCGACUCCGGUGGACCCAUGAUGCGAGAAGAUGUUCGAACUGGUCGUUAUGUGCUAGUUGGAUUGGUGUCAUUCGGCCCACGAACAUGUGGAGUUUCCCAGUUCCCUGGCGUUUAUUCGCGUACUUCAUCGCAUUUGGACUGGAUUUUGAAUAAUAUACAGCUGUGCGAUCAUGCUGUCUUGGGCGAAUAUAAUACAAAAACGGAUCCUGAUUGUGACACAGCCGGAAAUUGUGCCGCACCAGUACAACGUAUCAAACCCGCCCAUAUAUUUACGCACAAACUUUUUCAAUUAGAUCAGCUUUGGAAUGACAUUAGUGUAAUAAAAUUAGAACAUCCGGUAAAAUUGAAUGGAUGGGUCAUACCAAUUUGUUUGCCAACGGGAAAUGAACAAUUCGACACAACAGCCGAAGUAGGUAAAUUAACCGCGAAUGUUUACGUUUUCAAUGGAUUCACUCAAAUUUUCCAUAAUAAAUCUAUAUUAGCUGGAUGGGGUAUGGCCAGGCCAGAGGACGAAUUAACACUGCAAUCGGUGUUGAACUAUGUACAGUUGCCAAUUCUGGACAUGGAUGUAUGCCGUAUGUACUUUGAUUUGAUUGUUAAUGGUACUAAGCAGAUUUGUGCCGGCAGUGUAGAUAGAUAUGAAGAUACAUGUGGAGGAGACAGUGGCGGUCCAUUGAUGCAAAUUUCGAAUAGUGAUUCUGGUCCGAGAUACUAUCAAGCCGGAAUUGUUUCUUUUGGACUGACAGAUUGUGGUGUUGCACCCGCUGUUUACACAAGAUUGACAACUUUCAUGAGCUUCAUCUUGGAUUUGAUACGAACUCAAGCUGAGUGUUCAGUUCGAAACGAAUCAAUUUUUUUCAAAAGAAAGAAAAAAAUUCGAAAAAAAACAAUGCAGAAUUACAUUCAAUUGUUAUUCUUACUAGUGUGCUAUAUUAGUUUAGCAAAUGCACAAUUUCAGUGUCUAACGCCGGAUCAAAGACGCGGCUUCUGUGUCGAUUUACGUCAAUGUGCUAGUCUUUAUAAUUUGAUCCGAAAACCAAACCUUUCGAUUGCCGAACGAAAUUUUCUACGCAAUAGCCAAUGCGCUUACAAUGGAUACCCUUGGGUUUGCUGUCCACCAAAUAGCGGUCCACAGCAACCACCACCAACCCAGCCACCAUUUGUUAAUACUCCUCGCCCCGUACAAGGCGGUCCUGGAUUGAGUGUCAAUGAUUUGCCGCCACCCGGCACUUGCGGCAGUUCAUUGGACGAUCGUAUCAUUGGUGGUGAAGAAACUAGAAUAACUGAUUAUCCCUGGAUGGUCCUGAUCGAAUACUCAAAACCGAAUGGCAACAAAGGCUUCCACUGUGGUGGUGUUCUCAUCAAUAAAGACUAUGUUUUGACAGCAUCACAUUGUGUCAAUGGCAAAGAUUUAACUCAACUCAGAUGGACGUUAUCAGGUGUUCGACUUGGUGAAUGGGAUUUGAAAGAAGACCGAGAUUGUGACGAUGGCAAUUGCUCAGAUCCAGUCCUUGAUAUUCCAGUGGUAGAACGUAUCCCACAUGAAAACUAUAAUCCCAACUCACGGGCACAGGAGAACGACAUUGCACUACUUCGUUUGGGACGGUCGAUUACAUUUACUGAAUGGGUCAAACCUAUUUGCCUUCCAGUUACAUCAAAUGUUGCUGGCAAAAGCUAUGAUGGUGAGCCACUAAUUGUGGCUGGAUGGGGUAAAACUGAGAACUCUUCCAACAGUAAUAUUAAAUUGAAGGUCGAAGUUGAUGGUGUUCCAAUCAAACAAUGUAACAAUGUGUAUCGUCAACAAAAUGUCGUUUUGACCAACAAGCAAUUGUGUGCUGGAGGUGUAUUGGGAAAAGAUUCAUGUCGAGGCGACUCUGGAGGACCUUUGAUGACAAAACACGCAGCAGAUCCAUACCAUACGUAUUACUACUUGGCUGCAGUGGUUUCAUUUGGACCGUCACCAUGUGGUCUUGAAGGAUGGCCGGGCGUUUACACCAGAGUUGAUCAGUACACCGAUUGGAUAUUGUCGCAUAUAUAUGCACAAAGCCGAUGUCGAACACCACUCAAUUUGAAUGGAAAUUGCAUUCCACUGCGCCAAUGUGAUGCACUCUAUGGUCUUGUUAAACAAAAUAUCAACGAAAAUGAUCGAGAAUUUUUGCGAAAGUCUCAAUGCGGAACCGAUGGACGAAACCCACUGGUGUGCUGUGCAACGCAGACGGUGUCGCGGCCCCGUUUAAAGCAAUCCGAUUUCCCACCGCCAGGUCAAUGUGGGACACAAUUAAAAGAACGACUUGUUGGAGGCGAGGAGGCUUCAAUCACUGACUACCCGUGGAUGGCAUUGAUUAAAUACACAAGACCUGGAAAUCAAGGCGGUUUUUAUUGCGGUGGCGCUCUUAUACAUAAAGACUACGUUCUGACUGCGGCUCACUGUAUACGUGGAGCAAGUUUAGUGAAAAAUAGGUUCGAAGUGGUUUCUGUACGAUUGGGCGAACAUGAUCUUCUGUCAGACAUCGAUUGUGAAGAGGGUGAAUGUGCUGAUCGGCCAAUCGAUGUGCCGGUACUUGAGACAAUCGUUCACGAAAGCUACAAACCAGAGUCACACCUUCAAAACGAUGACAUCGCUUUGAUCCGAUUGAGACGUUCCGUUCAAUUUACCGACUGGAUACGGCCGAUUUGUUUGCCAUUUGCCAAUCAUUUGCAGAACAAAAACUUUGACUCAGCUCCACUUAUUGUGGCUGGGUUUGGAAAAACGGAAAAUGCAUCACGAAGCGAUGUGAAACUAAAGCUGGAAAUUCAAGGUUUCAAUUUAAAUCGAUGCAAUAAUGUAUAUCGGUUGGCCGCCAUCUCAUUGGGUAGAGGACAAAUCUGCGCUGGUGGUGAGGAAGGAAAGGAUUCGUGCAGCGGUGACAGUGGCGGACCAUUGAUGGCUGAAGAUUUGUCUAACCGAUUGAAUCCGUACUCUUAUUUGGUUGGAGUUGUAUCAUUUGGACCGCGAGUCUGUGGUACGCCUGGAUUUCCAGGAGUAUAUACGAGAGUUGAUCAGUACCUAGACUGGAUUUUAAAUAACAUGAAACCUUAAAUUAACAUGUAUUUUGGCUUUGGCUUUGCACUUCCUAAAUGGACUAUUUUCAAAUAAAGUAAUGAAUAACACACAA